AUGGAGGCUUUGUUGAAGUAUCUGUACACCCAGAAGACCCAGACUGAAGGCCACAUGACGACUGCCUUUGACUGGUUGCCUUUGGGCUUGGCCUGGGCAGCAAUCAAAAGAAGUACAGUCGUGCAGCGAGUUGCAGAAAUCCCUGACCAGCUUCACACCUCUAGCCGCAAGAAUGUGCGGCCAGAUGGAGAGAAGGUGACACUGCAGACGGCUUUGGGCCUGGUGACUUCAGGUCACUGGCGCCAUAUCCCAAUGGCCGGCAAGGAGACAUAUCAACACCUGCAGCUACAGCAGCUCAUCUUUGCGUAUGUACAGGUGCGUGCCCGGGAGCAGGGCAUUGAUCUCACCGGCUUUACUUGGCAUUGAUGCUGACUGAACAGACUUCACAAAGAAGCUUUGUCAAAUCUGGGUUUUGGCCAGCAAAACAGCAUGCAGUCUGUGAUGAUCAACGAGUUUCUCCAAAGCGAGAUUUCCGGAUCAGGACAGAUUCUGGCUAGCUUGGAUCCUUCUCGCGAGCCCAGUGCAUAGAAGACGC